AUGGUGGUCACUUCUAAGCGAGCCUAUAACUGGUUCAUUUCCUUGGUCGCAGCCUCGUGCAUGGUGUUGUAUGGAUAUGAUGCCUCUGUUUUCAAUUCAAUCCAGGGAAGCCCCAACUGGAUCGACUGGUUCGAUACUCCGGGCGAGAACACAAUCGGGUCUAUCAAUACAGCCUACACUGUGGGCGCUAUCAUCGGAGGCUUUUUCUUCAGUGGACCUAUUGCGGACUACUUUGGUCGAAAAAUUGGAAUGGCCACAGGCUGUGUGCUGGUCAUCAUUGCUACAUUUAUGCAAGCAUUCUCUCCAUACCACGGCCUCGCAUGUUUCAUGGUUGGCCGUGUACUGAUUGGUCUUGGCCAGGGAAUUGCGCUCACGAGUGGUCCUAUUUACAUCGGAGAACUGGCACCGUCUGAGAUUCGAGGCCAAAUUAUGACUUUCUGGCAGAUGUUCUAUUCCGUUGGAUCCUUCAUUUGCUUCUGGAUCGCCUAUGCAUGCAAAAAGCACGCGGCUUCCCUGGGACACUGGGAUUGGAAAAUGGUCAUCAUUUUCCAGCUCUUGGUUCCCGUCAUCAUCCUGGUGCUUCUCCCCACACUUCCAGGCAGCCCCCGAUGGUUCAUCAAGCGCCAUAACAACAUUGAGAAGGCACGAGCCGCCCUACGACGAGUUCGCGACACCGAAGAGGAGGUGGAAGCGGAGAUCUUGCAGAUUCGCGAGGCUCUUGAAUAUGAAAAGGAGGCCAUCUCGAGCAACUACAGUGCUCUCUGGAAGGACAAAUCCCUCCGAAAGCGCAUGUAUCUGGCCCUGAUUCUCAACGCUGGUCAGCAACUCACCGGCCAGGGCUCGCUGAACUCCUACUCGACCAAGAUCUACCAGGCCAUCUUCAAGAACGAAAACACCAUUGCUCUGAUCAACGCUCUGAAUGCCACUUGCGGUAUCUUGUUUACUUUGAACGCCGUGUGGAUCGUGGACCGGUUUGGCCGAAAGCCUCUACUGAUUGUGGGAGGUAUCGGCAUGGGAAUCUGCAUGAUCAUUUCGGCCACCGUGGAGACCCAGACGCCCACCGUUGGGAAAGGGGCCAAAUCGGAACCCGUUAGCAUUGCGAUUGUCGCCUUGAUGUUCAUCUUUAUUCUAUUCUAUAAACCAUCGUGGGGUGCCACUGUGUGGAUUUGGACCUCCGAGGUCUUCUCCAUGAACGUCCGCGCCCAGGCAGUCGGCAUGGCAUCCCAGACUCAGAAUGUCGCCAACACCAUCUUCCAGCAAUUCUUCCCCAUCUUCCUGAAGAAUUGUGGGUUCUACGCCUUUUACUUCUUUGCGGGGAUCAACUUUGUUCUCGCCGCGUUUGUGUUCUUCUUCGUCCCGGAAACCAAGCAGGUCACUCUCGAGGAGAUUGAUGCCUUGUUCGGGGGCGCCAACCAUGUUGCCCAGGGCGAGGAGGUUCUGGCUCACCAGAAGGCUGAUACUAUGCACGGUCAGCGCAGCCUGAGCGAGAAGGCCGAUGCCGUGACUGUCGAGAACGUCGAGCACAAGUAG